CACCCUUAAGAAAUGGCCUCUGGCAAGCUUGGGAACGUUCACUGUAAGUUGGGAGGAUGGUUUGAUUUGGUGGAUAAUUUGCUGAAUCAGUAUAGGCUAAAUAUGUGACGGAGGGGUACCCCCGGCAUGUCCAAUCCCCAUACACUCCUUAGAGUAUUGUUACCCAACACAUCCCCUAGAUGUCUGUAAAGAAUUCCUGAGACUUCGAUCAAACAAUGACCAACAUGCAUGUGUUUGGGCGUGUGUGCGUGUGGGGUACUCUCCGUCCCAUGUAUCGCUUCAUACGUUAAAUUAGUGCAGUGCACUCAUUAUUACCUUUGUAUUUGGCGUGGUAUGGCCGCUGGUGACUUCAAGGACAAAUGUGGGCUAAUUAAGGGCGUGGCAAGUCCAGACAUGUUCCCGGUAAAUGGUGUCCGUGACCGCCCUCUCUGUUCAACUGCAAAUUGCGCACAUCCCAUGGAAAUAUGAAAAACCAUCACGUCAACAGGCAAGCAAAAUCCUGGCUUCGUGCUUGAAAUUAUACAAUUACCAGUACUGCCAUCGUUUUUGUCUGGACUCCCAAAACAAAAGGUCAGCAUACACAACGCUGUGUUUGAAGUGCACCACCAUUUUCAGGAAACAGUCGUCUGGACCGCACUGCGUGUCACGAUUGAUUGUCCAGUUUCCACGCGUGUAAACUAUGCGGGCCCAAACGCAAUACGAGAGAGUCUUCUUGUACACAAAGAAACAUUAAUGGAGUGUAAUCAGUUGUAUUCAUGAUAUUAGCCUAUGUAAUGUUACGCUGGUUCACCAUUUUCUCUUGAAACAACAUGACUUUCGAAACUAUUUUGAAACACUAUUUGUCUUACGUCUCUUAGAGAAUGUAGGGAGAGCGUGACACGCAUGUAUUUUGCAUCUGCGUCAAUAAAAAGUCCAUGACCAGCAUUUUUGUAACUACAUGUAGAAGCCUUACCUACCAGCAAAAAACUGAGUCAAGCCGUGAUUAUUCUCUGCUUUCACCUUUCAUAUUGCAACCACAGUGAGUUCAUUCUCCCAACGACUAGUUGUUCUCGAUUGAUCAAGAACCAAUAUGCAUUGUGUGUGAAGUAACAGGAAAGGUCUGUUUCCUGGAAUAUAAGCCUGAAAUAUAGUUCAUCGGCGAGUGAUGUUGGAAACAUAUUCUUGUUUACACACAAGGAAAUUUAAACUAUAAGCAACUAUAACAUGUCCACAUCAACGGAGAAGUACCUUCAACACAAGGUCAAGUACCCUUGUAUCACUGUUGAGCCUGUCGUAUUAGUAUUCUUCAUAUCUUACAGUAUGAUAGUUACGUUGCGAGCUGAAUAUAUCACCCUAAGAAUCGCCGAUGGAUUGGAUGGGACGAAAGGCUCUAGAUCCGCAGUGCUUGGGCCAGACGACACUCUUUGUCGUCAUCUUAGUAACCAGUCACAAGAGGCACUGUAUGCAGAGACCCAGUCUAGGGCCUCUUAUUGGCUACUGUUGCUCAAUCUCUUUCAAGUCGUGCCGUCACUUGUAAGCGCUCCCCUUAUUGGUUCCUGGAGUGACUUGGGUGGGCGCAAGCGCGCUCUAGUCAUCCCUAUCAUCGGCUACCUGAUGGGCUCCAUCGUCUGGAUCAUUGUGACCUACACCGAUGGCAAGCUUUGGUACUUAUUGCUCGCCGAAUUCUGUCUAGGCCUGACUGGUGAUUUCUCGGCAGUGUUAGCGGUCUGCAACGCCUACUUAGCCGACAUUACCACCGAGCGCGAGCGGACCUUCCGCCUGAUACUGGUUGGCAUUACGAUCGAGGUUGGCACAGGGGCUUCGCAGAUCCUGGUUGGGUACUGGGUGGUCCAGCAGGGCUUCGGUGUCCCCUUCUGGUUCGUGGUGGCCACUAUGCUCGCCAGUCUCGUCUACAUUACCGUCCUCCUGAAAGAAACCCGUGGUAAAUCUGGAGGGCUGGAGAACCUUGAGCUGUUUAACAACCGUCUGCUUGAUGAUAUCUACGGGAUGUUCAUGCGAUACAGCAGCAAGCAGCGAAGGCAGAUGAUGUUUUUUAUGAUUGUCCUUGGUGUCCAUAUGACCAUCCUUUACACGGCUUUUCUUCUCAUACUCCUCUACGUCCUAAGCCCCCCUCUAUGCUGGACACCCAUUACUGUUGGCUAUUACGUAGCGUCGGCUCUCUUACUCGGAUCUGCAGGUACGUUACUCGGAGGGAAGAUUUUCAAUAUGUGUGUUAAUGACCUCGGCGUGGUGCAAUUGGGGGCGCUCUCCUUUGCGGCAAGUCUCACCCUCGUUGCAUUUAGCCGAUCGACUACGAUCCUCUUUAUUGCUGGUAUUUGUGGUUCUUUCCGGUUCCUUGUGUCGCCUGCAGUUCGUUCACGACUAUCAAAACUUGUGGAUGAAGAGGAACAAGGAGCAAUGUUCUCACUGGCCAGUAGCAUCGAGAGCAUCGGCCAUCUGAUUGGUCCGCUUAUUUUCAAUCUGAUGUAUGGGAUCACCACAGGCAUCUAUCAAGGCUUCACCUUUCUGGUUAUGGCAUCUUUCUACGUACCCAUAUGUUUUAUGACAGGGUACUAUCAACUGACGAGUUAUUGGAUAUCUAAACACAAAACGGUUUCAACCUCAGACGGGGAGCGCAUGGCCACGCCAUAAUAGUCAUUAUUCAUCCCGAAAAUCUAUCCUGCCAUUUGUGAAUUAAACACACACAAAAUAACCAGUCUUUUAAAAACGCGCUUCAUAUUACUGUCAAUAGUGCUGAUAUUGUACCAGAAAGUGUAAUAUUUGACACUCUGACCAAAACCGCGUCAAGUGACAUGGCGAUUGUUUUUCACUAUUUUUUGUUCCGGCACUCCAAAAACAAUAUCCUAUAAUAUCCACCAGACUUGCAUUUUAGCGCUUAUCGGAAAUUGGUGUUUCACUAUGGAACCAGUGGAAGAAGUUCUUUAUAUGCUUCAAGUAGGCCUAUGAUGGAAAGGGACAUGAUGUGUUUUGUGGAGUGCUUGUUUAAACUGUCAAUGUAUCGUACGUUCAAUGUUAUCGAUAUACUUUUACUUAUGAUUGACAAAAACAGAAUGUAUAAAACAUCGAGUGGCUCUCCUAACUGACGAUCCAUUCAAGAAGCCUCUCAAUUUAGCUCUUUCAAUUAUGUCAAAUCAAGCGUGAGAUACAGAGCAUUUCCUCGAGUUACUUCAAGGAUUGAGACACGAUUACUAGUGGCGGUUGAGGUAAUGAACACCGAUCUCGAAACAUUUUUGCGAGAUUAAUUUGUGUUUAUAAAUUGUACAGGUUAAGGAUGUUAUGAAACAAACACCGACUGCUUGAGCUGUCAUAUUAGCCAAACUAGCCUUCCUCAGGGAUAAGUAGUCAUUCCUUUCUGAGUUUUGCCUCCGGAUAAUAAAGUGAUUCAUGAAGUACCGUGGGAUGCCAGAUUUACAAUGUAUUGUAUUACAUGUACUCAAAGCAGUAUUGGCUUCAUUUAAAUACAUACAUGCACAACAUUCCAAUAACAUGACCCAACUGAAGUGCACAUUUCACACAUAACACGGUGUAUCAAUCAAAGCCCACAAUUUGCAUGAAAUUCCUUGCAUUUAAUUUUUAAUAAGAACACUAAUUUAUUUCAUAGAGAUUUAAUAUAACUACCUCUUAUACAAAUAUUAUGAGUGAAACGUUCACUGGGCACUAACAGAAUUAUAUUUAGGCGAACUGGUAUGAUGCCUGUGUAAAAUUGUACUGUACAAAUUUGUCUAAUCGAUAAUCUAUUUAAGGGAGAGAAAGUGUUAAUGAUGGAGUAAGUUUAAAAAGUUGAAAUGAGUAAAAAUCUCCUGUAAGAUGUGCCCUAAAAUGAAUGGGUAUUAUGCGUUCCAACACACAGUCUUAAGUAUUUGUAUCACAGUUUGUUUAUUUGCAAGUAGAGAUAUAUAAAGUUUUUGUUAUUAAUUGAA